AUGGACAGUCGAGAGGACAAACGGGCCACUCAAUUUGAUAUGCUACAGGCGCAGGCGCAUUUUCCUCUUUCGAUCAAGGGACCUGCAAGCAAUGCUGAGCAAACCUCCCUUUCUCAGGGACCAUUAAAGCGUCAACAGAGCCCUGCGCCAGAACGAGGUCGUGCUCGUAAGGUCCUUAAGGGCCAUCCAAAGCCCUUGAAGCUCCCUAUGAUAGUGGAAUCGGGUGGAUUGAGUCCAAGUGUGCAGAAUUGCGACCCAUGGGAUAUCUACAAGGUUAUUUUCACAUGUGACCUUGCUGGUCAAGUCACUAUUAGUGAGAAUCGCCACCAAGGCUCCAAAGUAGUAGCCAUACGGACCGCUGCAAACGCAAACGGGGAGGACCUUCUGGAAAAGUAUAGUUGUCUCCAUCACAUCAACAUAAUCUCGGCUAGUGAGUGUUUCAAGAACGAUGGACUCUUUCAUUUUGUCGUCGACGACCUACCGGUCACUUUGGAGCAUAUAGUGGCCAGCGAUGCUUACCCUACCGAGGUUCAGCUAGCUUCUAUUCUCAAGCAAGUUCUGGACGGUCUAUCUUAUCUACUUAAGAAGGGCUAUCAGCAUCCGUCUCUUAGGUGCUCCUCAAUGUUAAUGGGCCUAGACGGGGUCGUGAAAAUUGCCAGUUUAGAGUCGACUGUAUCUUUCACGCCGGACCAGAAUCAGUUCUCAUCUGUGAAUCGUCUGGGUUUCUUGGCAAUGGAACUGAUGCAGAAAUACGAGAAAGAAAACGUUGGCAUAGACGAUACGACGCGAUGGCCUGUUGAAUCGAAAGCAUUUGACUUCCUAUCAUCGACAACGUCAGCAAGAUCUGUGGCGGAGUUGAGUGGGAAAAAUAGCGCCGCCUUCUCCUUCGACACAGCUUCCAUGUCCACGCACACCCAGGGAUCUGAAGUGGUUUGCAAGAAUAGACUGUUUUCAUCAACACUACAUCUUUCAUCUUCAUCCGGAAUAAGCCACUUAGAUGAGCCCCCUGCUUUCUCGUCAUGGAAGGUAAUUGCUAAGGCCGAUUCGUCGCCGAGCAUCAGAGACUUGGUCACGCUCUCCAGCGAUCCGAAAAAUGUGAGAUAUCCAGGACGGGCAGAUCGUAUCGAGUUCCUCGCUGCAAGUGAUCAGAACACCGAGGCCUACACCGCUUGCAAGGCUCCACCAUCGCUUUCCCCAGCGGAGAACUUCCGUUAUGGAAUUACCGCUUUGGUCACGAUAAUCACUGAAAUCUUCCCCGACAAUCUCAGCGGCAGCUCCCAAUAUAAUGUUCCUUGCCACUGUUUCAAUUUUGUCUCCCUUACUUCGACUCGGGUUGUCUUCAUCCUGACGAUCUCUGAGGUCUCGGCAGAUCUCAAGAUAAAUGGCAUAAAUGGAAGCCUGUGCUAUGCGGAGCUCCAGGCUUUGGGUAGCAAGGCUUCCGCUCUGAAGAAGCUCGAAGUACCGUGCUGCGCUUUCAGGAGUUUUCUGUAG